CCGGGCUCCCGGCUGCUCCUGCUUCGCUCCUCGCUCUCCUGCCGCCUGUCCUCGCCCGCCGCGCUCCUCUCCUGGGCUCGGCCGAGCGCGCUCCCCCGACGCCGCAGCCCCGCGCCAGACACUGCGAUGAAGGUGCUGGGACACAGGAUCGAACUGCUGACAGGGCUCCUGCUCCACGACGUGACCAUGGCCGGGCUGCAGGAGAUGCGGUUCCCCAAGGAGAAGCCCCUGCUCCGGGGCCAGGACGCCGCGGAGCUGGAGAACUCUGAUGCCUUCCUCUUGGCUGUGGACACAGACUGGAAGGAACAUGACAUUGAGACGCCUUAUGGCCUUCUGCAUGUGGUGAUCCGGGGUUCCCCCAAGGGGAACCGCCCAGCCAUCCUCACCUACCAUGACGUGGGCCUCAAUCACAAGCUGUGCUUCAACACCUUCUUCAACUUCGAGGACAUGCAGGAGAUCACCAAGCACUUCGUGGUGUGCCAUGUGGAUGCCCCUGGUCAGCAAGUGGGGGCGUCGCAGUUUCCACAGGGGUAUCAGUUCCCCUCCAUGGAGCAGCUGACUGCCAUGCUCCCCAGCGUGGUGCAGCACUUUGGGUUCAAGUAUGUGAUUGGCAUUGGAGUGGGAGCCGGAGCCUACGUGCUGGCCAAGUUUGCACUCAUCUUCCCCGACCUGGUGGAGGGGCUGGUGCUGAUGAACAUUGACCCCAACGGCAAAGGCUGGAUCGACUGGGCUGCCACCAAGCUCUCCGGCCUGACCAGCACUUUACCCGACACGGUGCUAUCUCACCUCUUCAGCCAGGAGGAGCUGGUGAACAACACGGAGCUGGUGCAGAGCUACCGGCAGCAGAUUGGCAACGUGGUGAACCAGGCCAACCUGCAGCUCUUCUGGAACAUGUACAACAGCCGCAGAGACCUGGACAUUAACCGGCCUGGAACAGUGCCCAAUGCCAAGACGCUGCGCUGCCCGGUGAUGCUGGUGGUUGGGGAUAACGCGCCUGCUGAGGAUGGGGUGCCCAGGGAAACCACAUGGUCUUCUCAUCCCACGUCCCCACGACCUUGCCAUGCAGCAAGCACCCAUCCUUCAGGUCGAGUGCAACUCCAAACUGGAUCCAACCUCCACAACCUUCCUGAAGAUGGCAGACUCCGGGGGGCUCCCCCAGGUCACACAGCCUGGGAAGCUGACUGAAGCCUUCAAAUACUUCCUUCAAGGCAUGGGUUACAUGCCCUCGGCCAGCAUGACCCGUCUGGCACGUUCUCGUACCGCAUCCCUCACCAGCGCCAGCUCAGUGGACGGCAGCCGCCCGCAGGCCUGCACCCACUCGGAGAGCAGUGAGGGGCUGGGCCAGGUCAACCACACCAUGGAGGUGUCCUGUUGAAGCCCUUGGCCCCGCAAAGAUGCAGCACCUGCCCUGCCGCAUCAAUGUCCCACCGCCAUCCCUGCACCGGCUCACUCAUUUUUCACAUUAUUUUACGUUUGUGAGGGUGAAGAGGACAACCUGGGGUUACUUCUCUUUUGUUUAGGAAGAUGAAGGGAAUCAUCUUAGAUGCUGUAGAAUAGUCUCCAGAUGGUUUGAGGUCCCAUUUCUCCCCAUCCCACCUCACUCACCUUAUUAACUUGCUUAGACCCCUCUUCCAAUCCCCACCAGCUCCCCAGUUUGGGCACAGGGCGAGGUACAGGGAGAAAGGAGAUUAACUAAAGAAAGAGGCCAAAUCCUCUGGCCAGGAUAAUACCCUGGAUUAAAGAGCAUGGGAUGACCCCUUGGGCAGGCAGGUUUGAAGAUGGGAUGGGGCUUGAGCUGCUGGGUGCUGUGACCCAGGCACUGGCGUGAGAACCAGAAGACAGCAGCCCAGGAGCACUAAGAGGCAGGAGCCUUGGAGCUCCACAGGCCCCUUCCCUCCAGCCCCUCCACCCAGCACAUCUGUUUCUUUCUGGCAGCAGGUGACAAUCAUCUGAACAGUAGCCACGGGGGCGCUCCUAUCAGGCAGCCAUUUUUCUGGUGCUUUCUGGGCGGUCCUGGUGUUCGCUCUGGGGUCAAGUAGGCAGGUGCUGAAGGGAUUUUCUCUGCCCAAGGAAGACAAAACACAGAGGACCCUGAGGGCUGGAACCCCACAGACUGUCCCUUCCAGCUCACACACUCCAUUAUCUCCUGGCCCUGUCCCUUUUCUGAGCCAAGGCCUCAAGGCAGAAAGUCACCUGGCCUUUCAUCUGCAUAGGGACUUGACUUGGGGACAGAAGUUAAAGGCUGGGAUAGCCCAUGAGGGUUGCAUGCACCCCUGAGAGCUUCACAGUGUCUGCCUUUGGGAGCCAGCAUGUGGCCCGAGGCAGCAGCAGCUGAGAGUCCCAGUAGAUCUCUUUUUUGCCCCUCAGUUGCAUGGAGGACAACUGAAGUCAGCAGCAGUAUGGGCAAGACCACCAGAAAUGUGGUGCUUCUAGGGAGAGUUCUGGUGAAGCUAUACCAACGAUUCACACAGGCAUCACUAAGUAAGAGAGUUUAUUUGGAGAGAAUUGGUCCACAUAGCAAGAGUUCGUCAGUCCUGCAUCACCAUCUUAGCCUGUGGGAGUGGCUCAGGCUGGGCCUUGCUGGUCUUGGGGUGGGAGGUGAACGGUCCUGAAAUGAACAAGGGCCAGACAGAAGAAAAAGGCUCCCACACACCCCAGCCCCUUCUAGCCAGCUGAAGCACAGGACUGCCAUGUAUUCCCCAUCCACCCACCUUAUUAGGUUGAGUCUCCUGGCCCAAAAACCAGAAGCCAUUUGUCUCAGAGCCUAAGUCAAUUGCCACAAAUUCUGAAAUGAGGGGAGAGCAAUGAAAAAUGCAAGGCUGUGGAGGGAGGUGUGUGUGGGUACUCUGAAGCUGAGGGGACACCUGGGUCCACAUUUCCUCUGCACAUAAUACACACACACACCCUUCCAGAAUCUUAAGUCAUUGCUAGACUGCUCUAGUGCCUGGUGGAGUGUUAGCCUGUCCCCCAUUCUAUUCACUCACACACUCCCUUUGAAUACCGAAUGUAAACUGAAAAGCUGGUAGAAUUAAUCCCUCUUACUGUAGAUAGCGCUGCUAAUGUUUUGUUUUUGCUGUGUCCUUUCAGAUGAGAUAUCUAUAAAUAUCUAUACAUUAUAUAUAUAUGUAUAUUGGGUCCUCCUGUGUGUGGUUUUCCAUUGGAGGUUGCCUCUUUAGUCAAAGUGAACUUUUAAUGGGUUUAUUAUUUUCCUCUGUACAAAGUGAAGAGCCUAAUUUUGUGUAUUCUGGUGAUCAUCAUGAGACUUUGAGAUGAGAAAAUAUAAAAUAAAAACCCUUGUCAACA